AUGCUGCUGUUACACGAGAUGUCUCGCGGACAUUUGCAAGCUGCGUCUAAUUUUCUUACCAUUGCUUGCCGCACAGUUUUUGCUUUGGGAGGACAUACUGUCUCUGUGCCUCUAGCUAAAGGUCUGGAUUGCGUUCUUACACUGCGAGAGCGCGAGAGCCGUUACGUUCGCAUGCUGUUCUGGUAUUGCUACACUCUCGACAAAACAAUCUCUUUGCACAUGGGACAGCCUGCGGUUAUAAGCGACGAUCUUUGCGAUCUCAGACUGUCUGAAAGUACCCAGCAGCGUUAUUUCGAAAGUUAUCCCAGGCAAGCUAUCGAGCUGCAGGCCGAUUCUCGUGAUACUCUCGAAACUUUCCUCUAUCGGCGCCUGAGCAUUAUAAAGUCCAAAGCCAUCCAAAAACUCUACUCGCCCGUGUCACUUCAAAUGUCCAGCGCUAAACUGUUACACAGUAUUCGCAAGCUAGAUGAGGAGUUGGAAGGCUGGCGGUCGUCGAUCCCAGCCGAGCUCUUGCUAGUUUCGUCCGUUCAGUGGCCCAAUCAAAAUUACCAAGACUUGCACCAACUUGGAAGCAUGCGCCAAAUCGAGCUACAGUUAGACUACUACUACGUUUUGGCUAUAGUACACUGUGCUAUUGGCCGCUGUAUGGCUGAUAUCAACCCAGCUGAACCAGAAGGGGUAUUUGAUGGGCGGCUGUCAAGUAUAGAGCUGGCAAUGGCAGCCAGUCGAUCAACACUCAGAUACCUGCUUGCCACUAAGAAUCUACUGGCUGACAGAUCCUUUUGGCUUGUCAUACUAUAUCCCAUGUCCGCUUCAAUGACCCUUUUCUUCAACGUCCUCAGGCAGCCUUUUCAUGAGAAUGCUACCCAUGAUAUAGGACUUCUAGACAAGACUUCAGAUUUCAUCAGUGAUCUGGGACUGCGCAUGCCAGCAGGUUUUGAUGCGCAGCACUUGCGAAACAUGUCUGCCCUCAUUGCCGAGUUAAGCUCAUUAAGCAAAUGUGCUAUUUCUAGGCCGCAAACUAAAAGAUAA